CUUGGGAUUGUUCAUGAAGCUUUCUUACCAUUUAGAGACAUUCUCUGAUAUUGCUGACACUGAAACAUUAAAGAAAAUUUGAAAAGCAAUGUGCCUCCUGAAGCUUCCAGUAGUUCUCAUCGUACUCUCCGUUGCAUUAAACCAUCUGAAAGCUACUCCCAUUAAAAGUCACCAGAUGGAAAAGCGGAAAUGCAACACUGCCACGUGUGUGACUCAACGCCUGGCAAACUUCUUAGUUCGUUCCAGCAACAAUCUUGGUGCCAUUCUCUCGCCUACUGAUGUGGGAUCCAAUACAUAUGGCAAGAGAAACACAGCUGAGAUUUUAAACAUGGGGCCAAUGAAUUACUUACCACUUUAGAGGUCAAUGUAUCUCUAUAGUUCUUAUUGUUUGUAUAAAUAUACUAGUGACUUCCUGUGUAAUUUAACAUAAGCUUGAACAUGAGUUUUAUGUCCCAUGUUUACUGCCAGUACAUAUAAAUUGUGGCGGUAAGAAUUGUUUUAAAUUUAAU